UCCGGUGGUGGGGAAAGCGGAAACCGGUAACGGAGAGAAUGGUCCGGAGGCCGGGGAGCAACAGUGGCCGGAGUUGGGGGUCUUUUGCGGGAAGAGCUGUAAACUAACCAUGGACUCUCUUGAUCCCAUAUUGAAUGAUCCCCUUGAGCUGGGGCCCAGUUUGGAGAGCAAUGGAACCGGUAUCAUGGAAGAAUGUCUGCUGGGAGACACCAGAGUCUUCCUCCCUGAAGAUCUUCUGGAAGAUCCCGAUCUGUUCUUCGACGUGGUCAGUCUCGACACCUGGAAGAAUGUCCUGUCUGACUCCCAACGUGAACAUCUCAAACAGUUCUUGCCGUCCUUUCCGGAAAAUAACGCCCAACAACAGGAAGAAACCAUACAAUCGCUCUUCAGAGGCGACAAUUUCCGCUUUGGAAACCCUUUGCAGAUCGCGCAGAAGCUAUUCCGGGAUGGACACUUUAACCCAGAAGUGGUGAAGUAUCGUCAGCUUUGCCAAAAGUCACAGUACAAGCGAUAUCUCAACUCCCAGCAGCAGUAUUUCCACACCCUGCUUAAACAGAUCCUUGCGUCUCGAAAGGAGCUACUAGACCUUGCCAGAAAAAAUGGGCCUGAUCUGGCGAUGAAGAGGAAGUCUUCGUCAUCGAGAAAUAGUCCCGAGGAGAGGGAGAGGCGAGCGCACCGCAGGUACCUGAAGAUUCUGCGAGAGGUGAAGGAGGAGUGUGGAGAUGGAACGCUGUCCUCUGAGGAGGAAGAUUUGAGCUCCUGGAUUCCAGGCUCCCCGAGUCAGUCUCCUGGGGUUGCCGUUCCUCUCCGUGUCGUGCCCACACUUUCUACACAGGACAUGAAAACUGCAGACAAACUGGACCUUAACAACCGCGACUUGAAGCUGCUCCUUAGAAGACAUAGAGAAAAGCGGAAAAGGCAGCCGGAUCACCCUGAUCUAAUGACAGAUGACAUAACACUGAAUGACAUCAUGUCUCGUGUGAAUGCUGGCAGGAAGGGAUCCCUCGCCGCCCUUUUUGACCUGGCCACGACGAAGAAACGAGUGCGGGAGAAGGAUGAGAAAAGGAAGAAAAAGAUAAAGACUAUAAAAACGGAGGUGGACGAUUACCCAGAAGCCCCCGAGGCACCUGACAGUGUACCUGCCCUCCUGCCCCCCGAGGCUUUCCCGAUGACUCUGACUGCUGUGAAGGAGGAACCACUGGAAGAUGUGAAGCCCCCUCUAGCCUUCAAUGAGAUCUCGGCAUGCUUCUUCUGUCUCCUCCUAGACAUCUUGAUGAUGGAAGGUCCAUCCAGUCUGCCAUUGCUUGAAGAUAAAGUGUCGGAUUGGCAGAUGUCCCCGGCCAGCACCUUGAACAGCUGGUUCUCCUUGGCCCCAAACUGGUGCGAUCUGGUGCAUCCGGCUCUGCUCUACCUGAGCGGGGAGAGUAAAGGCAUCUCCUCCAGCUUCACUCCAUUCGUGGAGUUCAAAGAGAAGACGCAGCAGUGGAAAUGCGUUGCUUCGUCGAGUGACUAUGAGAAGGAACUGGUAGCUCUUUUUCACCUUUGGUUGGAGACUAAGGACCAGAUAUUUAGCAAGGACAGCGAAGACGGCGCAGACACCGGUGCUCCGGGGCCACGAGUAAGGACUGAUUAUAUAGUGCGGCCGAGCUCAGGAGAUGAGAAGCGUGUUUUUCAGGAGCAGGAGCGGCACCGUUACAGCCAGCCUCACAAGGCCUUCACUUUCCGAAUGCAUGGAUUUGAGUCGGUCGUGGGACCGGUCAAAGGCGUUUUUGACAAGGAGACCUCCCUAAACAAAGCCCGUGAGCACUCGCUCCUGCGCUCCGACCGCCCUGCGUACGUCACUAUCCUGUCACUCGUCCGAGACGCUGCCGCCCGUCUGCCAAAUGGUGAGGGAACCCGUGCCGAGAUCUGCGAGCUGCUAAAAGACUCCCAAUUCCUGGCACCGGAUGUUACCGGCACCCAGGUUAAUACUGUGGUGAGUGGAGCUUUGGACAGACUGCACUAUGAAAAAGACCCCUGUGUGAAGUAUGACAUUGGGCGAAAGCUGUGGAUCUACCUCCAUCGCGACCGCAGCGAGGAGGAAUUCGAGCGGAUACACCAAGCCCAAGCAGCUGCUGCAAAGGCCAAGAAAGCCCUCCAGCAAAAGCCCAAGCUUCCAGCAAAGAUGAAGUGCGGAACCAAAGAGUGUCCCAUGAAGAGCGGCGGGUCUUUGGAUCCAGUACUACCUCUCCUGAACGAGUCCAGCCUGCCUCCCACACCCUGCACUCCGGGCACCCCAACCACGCCAGGACUACCUGCAACUCCAAUGUCUCCAACAUCGGCCGCAGUCAGCAAGAUAAUCGCUAACUCUGCCCCCGAAACACCCAAAUCCAGCCCAAAUGUUCUUCUGGUGUCUUCUCCCUCGAUACCACAACUCAGUACUUUACUCACUCAGUCUGCCACUAAUCAGACCACGGCUGUGACCCCGGCACGGGCCGGAACGCUCUCCUCUUCCUCAGGAAUCCCCCAAGUUCGAAUAGUAACAGCCUCUGCCGGUAUUCCAUCGUGUCAGCCGCCGGUGGUUGUGACGGCGGCGCUUUCACCGGCUGUAUCCCACAUCAGGCUGCCGGUCACCUCCACACCCACCAAGGUUCUUCCGCAGACUCAGGUGGUGUCGAUGCCGGUGAAACCACACGUGGCGGCUUCUGCCCCUCGCCCUGGAACCUCGUUAAGCACUCAGGCGGGAAUCACAGUGACGGCGCUGAGCUCUUCAGCUGGUGUUGUCUCCAAGCCUGUGGUUUCAUCCCCGGGAAAUUCAGCUCCUACGAUCCUGCAGAGCAUCACAGGGCAGAGCAUCAUCAAGCAGGUGGCCCUCUCUGGACAGCUAGGAAUGAAGGCGCAGACCGGUACCAGCCUACCUCUUUCCACCACUAACUUCCGCAUCCAGGGUAAAGAUGUGCUGCGUCUGCCUCCCUCGUCCAUCACCACAGACGCCAAGGGCCAGACCAUCUUGCGCAUAACGCCUGACAUGAUGGCAACUCUUGCAAAAUCCCAAGUGACUACCGUCAAGUUAUCGCAGGAACUGUUUUCUGCUGCUCCUGUGAGCAGUUCUGGCAAGGGGGUUUUACAUGUAACCUCCACCCCUUCCUCGCCGUCUUCUCCUGCCCCAACAACGGUCAAAGUCACUCCGGACAUUAAGGCGGCAGAACCCGGCGUCUCUGGUUUCAGGCUAAUGCCGGCUCUUGGGGUCUCGCUAGCGGAUCAGAAAGGCAAACCAGCUAGUUCCGCAGAAACCAAACCCGCCACCACCAUACGGAUCGUGCAGGGGCUCGGCAUGGUGCCCCCCAAAGUAACAGCAACACAGAACAUUACAGUAUCUGCCAAACCGGUGCCGAUGGCUACGUCUGCGGUGAUAAACUCAGUGCCUGCAACAACCGCCAUCACCCUGCCUACCGUGAACACCGCCGGAGUGAAGCCUGCGCCAACCAGCGUCACGGUGGGAGCCGGAGCCGCCACUAUCCGACAGAUUCCCGUCUCCACCACUCAGCAGGGUAAACUUCCAGCUCGCAUUACGGUCCCGCUCUCUGUACUCAGCCAGCCAAUGAAAGGAAAGGGACUGAUGAACACGCCAAUCAUCAAAGGCAAUCUGGGUGCCAACAUUAGUGGAUUGGGCAGAAAUAUCAUCCUGACGACUGUGCCGGCCGGCACUAAACUUAUAGCCGGUAACAAACCCGUGAGCUUCCUGACGGCGCAGCAGCUGCAGCAGCUCCAGCAGCAGGGUCAGGCCACGCAGGUGCGCAUACAAACAGUCCCUGCAUCGCACGUUCAGCAGGGCUCAUCACCGACAACGUCCAAAGCCGUGUCCACUGUUGUCGUGACGGCUCCCCCUCCCAAACAGCCCCAGGAGCCCCAGUGACCCCCAGCCUGCGUUCUGCACGAGAUAUACAGUCCCCUGCCUGGCGUUAUGCUGUUUGGGUGCCCCGGCCCAGCCUGCGUGCCAGAAGGGUAUUGAGGGCACUGUCGUGUUGCAGACCUUACUCGUUUUAGGAUAAUGGCGUUCCGCCCCAGUAAAACCCAGUUACUGUAUGGAAUGCAGUCUGCACCUCCGCUCAUACAUUGACAUGUGCCCCCCCCCAUAUCAGGACAUACGAUUUUAGUAAAUUGCAGACAUAACGGAGUCUGUUUUCAUUCUCUGCUAUCUGGAUCAAGAAUCACAGAAUUUAUUUUAAUUAUUUUACUGUUAACCUCUUUGCUGCUGGAAGAGGCAUACAAGUACAUUUGCUGGACUGGCAAUUAAGCUGUUAACUAUUAGCGUGUGCAGUUUCCUCAUUUUGAGGAUGAAAUAAUGUGUGUGUGGGUGAUAGUUUACGUUCUAUUUCAUGCUGUGGAAGCAAAUGUUAAAUAUAUUUAAGUCUGAAAAA